UGUAGUUGUUGGACGAGACAACCUGGAUAGCAAGACCGGUACAGCUAAAUGACAAGUAGCUGAAGGAUCUUCUGCAUGCAUGGCCAAGAGGCCUUAUUUCACCUUUUGCCUCUCUAGCCUGUGGGCUGAAGGAUUAUGGGUAACCUCAUCAGCCGGCCCAGCUGCCUGGGCCAGAAAUCCAAGCAUGUGAGGUCAGACGACGGCCUCUUGAAGGAGUGCUACCAACGCCGAAAGGAGUGGCCGCCCAGCGAGCAGCAUGGCGAGGCCAAGACAGAAGAGGACUUUAAAGAAAAGGCCCGGGAGGACGCCAUCAAUGACACACAGGUGGCGAGAGAACGGGAGGAACAGGAAGUUGAUCACAAACGGGAGGAGGGUUCCCACACUCCUAUUUCGGACAAACCCCUCCAAAGCUCCCCCGCCUCUACGAUCCGGAGUUCCAGCACCUUGGAAAACGCCUGGCGUAGCAGCCCCUCUCCGAUAAAAACCUCCCGGAACGGGACGCUCACGAGGAGGACGGUUCCUCCGGAGUUCUCCAGAUCUCCUCUGGCUCAGGCGGACAAGAACGCGGCGGACAGGAGGGCGAGCUUCCAGAGGAGAGACUCCAGAGAGGGAAGCCCCUGGUCCUGGAAGACCGUGGCAUCCCGCGAGGUCACCGAGGUGACCGAGGUCACGGAGACGGUCGUGACAGAAAUUGUGGAAGUGACAGAGUAUCCAUCAGGGGACAAAGGAGGGACCCCAAUUGUGACCAGAACUGUUAGAGUCCUGAAUGGUGUCGCAGAGGAACUUGCUGAGCUUCAAAGUGAUGGACACUCGAGUUCAGAGCAAGAUUCCAGUCUGGAAAGGUGGAGGGGACCAAAAUCUGGCUUGGCACUGAAGGAUGUGUCCACAGAUACAGAAACAUUCCUGCAAAACCUGGAAGCUUUGGUCACGUGGGUGAGUGAGAUCGAGGAGCUCACGGCCAGUCAGAAACCCCCGUCGUCGGAGGUCAAAGUGGUGAAAGCACAACUCCAAGAACAAAAGCUCCUGCUGCGCCUCCUAACAGACAGAAGGCGUAGCGUGGACUCUAUGAUGUGUGAAGGCCCUCGGUUGGUGGAGGCCCACCCAGGAGAGGAAGGGGAGAAGGCCAAGGUCAAGCUCUCUACUCUCACCGAGAAGUGGGAGGCAUUAAAGCUGCAGGCAGAGAAGAGGAGAGCCAGUCUGGAGUUGAUUCUGCCCAGAGCCCAGCUGUUCCAGGACAGAGUAAACAACUUGCAGCAAUGGUUCAUAUCUGUGGAGCAGACGCUGGCUGAGCUGCGAAAUGCAGAGAGAGUGAUGCUGCACCUCCAAGACGCCACAGAGAGAGCCAAGGCUGUUGUGGAUGAGAUUCAAGUCAAAACUGUGGAACUUGGGAAAAUACAGAGAUCUGGUCAGGAUUUAAUAGAAGCAGUUACAGCAUCAAUGUUGACUAUUGACUGUGACUCCCACUUUGUUUCAGAGGAAGAAGCCCUGCAGGUGCAGGAGAAGAUGGAUGCGUUGCGUAUCCGUUGCUCCGUGCUGAGCCUGAGCAGUCUGGAUGUGCUGCAGAGGCUCCAGCAGGCCCUUGAGGCCUCCAGCCGCUGCACUUCCAGCCAGGAGGACCUCCACCUCUGGCUGGGACGCAUUGAGAGAGAGCUCCUGGGGGCCGCUGGGGCUCAGACGCACGGUGGAGACGCAGUACUGUGUGCAGCUGAGAGACAGAGGCUGGAACAGGCGGUGGUAAAGGAGAUGGCUUGGUUUAAAGACACAGCGCUGAGUCUGGAGAAGCUGAAGACCAUUCACCUGGAUCCAGAGUUCAUAGCAGAACAGCUCUAUGAGCAGAAGAUUUUGGCUGUGGAGAUUCUCCAGCACAGGUUCAACAUUGAGAAGAUGGUGAAGAUUGCUGAAAUCUUAAUGACCUAUAACGAUGAAGGAGAAACUGUGGAUCUUCGGACCCCCGUAGAGGCCUUGCAGGAACGCUGCAACACCACCUCAGCCACCAACGCCCACGUGGUCCUGCAGCUGGAGCACGCCCAGUCGCUCCUCGCCCAGUUCUCUGAGGGCCUCGCUGAGAUUUCGCCGUGGCUGGAAGAGACUCAGACCCUCAUCGGUCAGCUUUCCCUGAGCACAAUUAGCUAUGAAGCAUUUCGGGAACAACAGGACCUCUUACAGGGUCUCAGAGAAGCUAUAGCCGAACACAGACCUUUGAUAGCACGUCUAUGCUCUCUGGCAAAGCGCUUGUCAGAACUGAACCCCAUUCACGGAGAGCAGUUCUGUCGCAAGGCGACCGAGGCCGAGGAACAGCACAGAGCCAUCAGAGAUCACGUCAAACAGACGGCCAAUCUACUCGAGGAGUCACUGCCACGGUUAACACAACUGAAUGAGAGGAUGACUCUAAUAAGAGAGAGCCUGGACCGCCUGCACGGUCGCAUACAGACGCCCACCUCCCUCCAAGGCCUCACCCCGAGGAUCCAGGAGCAGCUGCAGGACAACAAGCAGACCCUCGCCGAGCUGUCCAAGCUGGAGCUAGGCCUCGGCAGCGUCAAAUCACAGGCAGAGGAGCUGCUGGCCAACACUCAGGCAGCAGGCGAUGGAUCCAUUGGCACAGUGAUCCAGGAGCGAGUGUCCAGCCUGUCCUUGCUGUGGAAAGAGACGCACAAUCAGGCCCUAGAGAGGGAGAAGUGGUUGCUCAAGAUCUUAGACCUCGCUGUGAAGUUUUGGAGCGAUGUCAGCGAAGUGUCAAGUGCUCUCAAUGAUGCUCAGCAGGCAGUGUUGGAUCUCAACGCCAGUCGGACAGACUCUGAAACAAUGAGGCAGAGCCUUGAAACCAUGAAGCCUCUCAGGGAGGAUAUAGACGGUUUGCAGGGAGAUCUGGACAUUCUCGGUGUUCUGGGAAUGGACCUGAUGUCAGCAUGUGGCGAUACAGACAAGCCAGAUGUUACGAAGAGUCUGGAUGAACUUUACUGCACGUGGAAUAACUUAAGCAAACUGUGGAACGAAUGUCACAAGAAGCUCGAGGAGUCUUUGCAGAUGGCUCUGCAUUAUCAAGACACGAUGCAGGGUCUGUUUGAGUGGCUAAAGUCGGCGGAGCUGAGAUCCACCGAGGAGUUCUUGGUAGGAACUGACCUGGAAUCAGUCAAAGAUCAGCUCUGUAAUCUCAAGGAGUUUAAGCGGGAACUCUACCAAAAGAAGAUCGAGAUAGAGAGUCUGAACCAUCGCUUCGUGUGCCGGCUGUCUCCCGGUUCGGAGCGUCCGGGCUCCGUGUCCCCGCUGUGUGACUUCAGACAGCGCUGGGACGGCCUGGAGUCGGAGACUGUGAGCAGACAGCAUCAACUGGAGUGUGCGCUUCUCGGUCUGGGUCAGUUUCAAAACACACUGGACGAGUUGCACACGUGGCUUUCGCGGACUGCUGAACAACUGCAGGCCGGCCAGCCAAUCAGCAUCGACCUGAAGGCGUGUGAAAUAGAGCUGGCCAAGCACAAGGUGCUGCGCAAUGAUGUCAUGUCCCACGUUCGCACCGUCGAGUCCCUCAACCAGGCUGGCAGGGGCCUGCUGGAGGUUGGGCCCGGGGACAGCCCGCAUGGCCUGCAGUCUCGAAUGGAGCAUCUGAAUGAAAGCUGGGAGUUUGUCCGCUGCGAGACUGAACGCAGGCAGCUGGAACUGGAGAACAGACUCAGUCAGGUGCAAGAUGUUACAGUGGAGAUUCAAGAUCUUUUGCAGUGGCUGGAAAACACAGAACUGAGACUGUCCUCUUUCAAAACCAUGUGGGGCAUGCCAGAUUCUGCCAGUGAAAGGCUCAAUGCACACCUUGAGCUGUGCAGUGAAAUGGAGUCCAAGCUCCACGCCUACACCGACGUGAAGAAUGCCGUUCACAGGAUGCUGGAGAGCAGCAACGUUGUGCGGGGGUCCACCACAGAGCACAGUUUGUCUAUUUUGGAGCAGAAAUGGGCGUCUGUUCACGCCAAAGUCCAGGAGCGGAAGGCUAAGCUAACAGAGGGGCUGAGUCUGGCUAAGGAGUUUCACAGCCACGUCCAGGAAAUCCUCACAAAGAUGAACAAGUGUGAAGAGUCCAUUGAGUUUCUUCCUGCUCCCAGCUUUGUUCUGGACACCGUUUGCACACAACUACAAGACCACAGAACACUGGUGAACGAAGUGAAUGGCUACAGUCACAAGAAGAGCUCAGUGGAGCACGCGGGCCGCCGGCUAACAGAGCUCAGCAGGAAGGAGGACUGUGAUGUCAUCCACAACCUCAUCAUGACGGUCCAGGAUCGGUACAAGAAGCUGCAGCAGCGCGCCUCGGAGAGAGGGAGGAUGCUGGAGGAUGUGAAAAAGAAUGCCAAACAGUUUAAUGAAUCGUGGCGACUCCUGGUGGACUGGAUGACGGAGGCAGAACACAUAUUAGACACACAUAAAGAGAUCGCUGUGUCCCACGAGGAGAUUAAGCAACAACUCACUGAACAGAAGGAGUUUCAGAAGCUGCUGAGAUCAAAGAGGCCCAUGUACGAGGCCACGAUGAAGAGAGGUCGGAAUUUGCACGAAAGAGCUCAGACCAGCGGUGACAGACAACACCUGGAGAACCUGCUGGCUGAACUCAAGGACACGUGGGACACCAUCAGCGGCAAGUCCAUGGAGAGACAACACAAGUUGGAGGAAGCACUGCUGUUCUCAGGAAGGUUCACUGACGCUCUGCAGGCACUGAACGACUGGCUGUACAGAGCAGAGCCCCAGCUGGCUGAGGAAGCUCCGGUCGGAGGGGACAAGGACAUGGUCAACAAUCUCAUAGACAAACAUAAGGCCUUUCAGAGGGAGCUGGGGAAGCGAGCUGGAUGCAUUCGGACCCUGAAGCGCUCCGUCAGGGACCUGACCAGGAGCAGCACGGCAGACGCCCACUGGCUGCAGGAGCAGAUGGAUGAACUGGACGGCCGCUGGGAGGCCGUGUGCAAGCUUUCAGUCCGCAGGCAGGACCGGCUGGAGGGAGCCCUGCAGCAGGCUGAGAAGUUCGACGGCCUUGUCCACUCUUUCAUGGAGCGUCUGACUGAGGCAGAGAGGAUCCUGAAAUACGGAGUUAUACCAGAGGACGUGGACGCCUUGCUUACCUUCCGCAAACAGCACAAGGAGUCCCUGGACGCCCUGAAGGCGCAGGCCGUGGAGCUGGAGAGCAUUCACGCUCUGGGUGAGGAGAUUCUGGCCACCAGUCACCCAGACUCCAUCAUCACCCUCAAAUCAUGGAUCAGUGUCACCAAGACCCGCUACGAAGAGGUCCAUACCUGGGCCCAGCAGCAGGGCCAGAAGAUCCAGGCCAGCCUGGGAGCCCUGGAGGCUGAGAGAGAAGAAGUCCAGGGACUGCUGGACUGGAUCUCCUCAGCAGAGGAAGCUCUUAACCUCCGAGACCAAGAGCCUGUGCCAGACACCACAGAGCAGAACCAGGAGCUCGUAGAGCAGCACGUGGUGUUCAUGGAAGAAUUCCACAAAAAGUUCCCCGACGUUGAACGAGCCACCAAAUCCUGCAAACACAAAACGACGCCUAAACACGGUUCUCCCAGCAAGCGGCCUCUUCUGAAGCGGAGGAGCACCAUGAGGAUGCCCCCUGCAGCACCCGUUCCCCUGGAGCACCUCGACCCCCAGACCCCACAGCUCACUCAGCUGGUCAGUCAGUGGCAGAAUCUCUGGCAUCUGGCUGUGGCGAGGCAAACCCGCUUGGAACAACACCAGCAAACGCUCAGAGAGAUGGAGGAAUUUGCCAACUUUGACUUCAAUAUUUGGCGAAAGCGCUACAUGCAGUGGAUCAGCCACCAGAAAUCUCGGAUCCUCGACGUGUUCCGGAGUAUCGACCGGGACCAGGACGGACGGAUCAGCCUGAAAGAGUUCAUUGAUUAUGUUCUCGCUUCUAAAUUUCCGACCAAUUCUCUGGAGAUGAAUGCGGUGGCCAACAUCUUCGACAUCAACAGCGAUGGCUUCAUUGACUACUACGAGUUUGUGAGUGCGCUCCAUCCCAGCAGAGACCCCUACAGAAAAACACUGGAUGCAGAUCAGAUCAACGAAGAGGUGAGUCGGCAGGUGUCGCAGUGUAACUGCCCCAAGAGAUUCCAGGUGGAGCAAAUAAGUGCCAACAGAUACAGGUUUGGAGAUUCCCAACAGCUGAGGAUGGUUCGAAUCCUGCGUAGUACGUUGAUGGUCAGAGUGGGAGGAGGCUGGACUGCUCUGGAUGAGUUCCUGGUGAAGAACGAUCCCUGCAGAGUAAAAGGUCGCACCAACCUGAAGAUCAAGGAGAAGUAUUUAUCACCGAGUGGAAGCAGCGCGAAGGGAUUGACCGUGAGCAGGUCCAACUCCAGCCUCAGCCUGUACAGCAGCGCCUCCGCCCCCACCAGCCCCAUGACACGCAAGGCAAGCACGCACUGCACAAGUAACACCGCUGCUGCCUAUUCCAUUGUUUGA